UUUGGAUGGGUACCGACCGCCGUGGCAUUGGUGUAAGAGAAACAACAAGUUCCAUUUUUCACUCAACUCCCAAAUCCCAACUCAAUCUCAACUACCAAGGCUCGAUGGAUAGUGUGGUUGAUUCUCUAAAUACUGCCUAUCAAGAUUUUGUUGCUGCAGCAGCGACUGUUCUUGAAGCCAAAGAAACUGCCACCCCUCAUAAAACCGCAGCAACAGAUACUGCUCUUGAAAGCUUUAAGCAAAAGUGGGAAUUGUUUAGAGUGGCGUGUGAUCAAGCCGAGGAGUAUGUGGAGUCUGUGAAGCAAAGGAUUGGAUCAGAGUGUUUAGUGGACGAGGCUACGGGGCAUGUGGUAGGAAAGGCUGGACAAGCUACCAUGACUACUCUUCCACCCAUCAGUGCGGUUCGCUUGGAACAGAUGAGUAAAGCUGUUCGUUGGCUUGUGAUUGAAUUGCAGCAUGGCUCUGGAGCAGGUUCUUCUAGUUCCUCAGCCCCUUUUGAUGCCAGGUUUUCUGAAGAUGCUGCUCAAUAGCAUUUUUUUUAACUUAAUGUUUUUAAUAUGUCUUGCAUUUAUAUUUCUCAAUUCCAAAAUAGCACGCAGUAUGUAACUUAUGUGCAAUGUGUAUGACACAAGACUACUUGGUGUUUUUGUUCCAUGUAAGACAGCGGGUAAAAUGAGGUUAAUCGAGAUCGGUAGAAUUUGGAACUCUGAUUUUUUAGGUGUGCCAUGGAGGCAUAUGUGACAUUGCAUUCAAAUUUGUGAGAACCAUCUUGGUUAUGUUGUUGUACUGUUAAACAUGUUUCAUCAGUCUUUUGUACUAGCUAAAAGCUGAAAUUGGUUAAUGAUCAAGACAUUUGAGACUUGGUUUUCUUGUA